AUGAAUACAUUGUUUAUAUUUUUGUUAUUCAUCAAAUUGAUUACAGCCUAUAAGACAAUUAUAGACGUUCUCUCUGAAGAUGAACAAUUUUCGACUCUUAUCAGUCAUUUACAGCAUACAAGACUUAUACCUUUCAUCAACAGCUUAGAAGGAGGCACAUUUUUUGCACCAGAUAAUCAUGCAUUUGAGCAAUACAACGGACAGAUGACAAAAGAUAUACUACUAUAUCAUCUAUUACCCAUUGAAUUUAAAUCACAUGACUUCAGAAAUGGUCAAGUGAUUGAAUCAAUGUAUUAUCGACCUGAAUAUCUCAAAAGUGGACAAAGAUUAAAGAUUAUAAAAAAGUUGAAUUUAUUUUAUUAUGUAAAUGAAGCUAGGAUCAUAAAGAAGGAUGUAUUUGUUAAUAGAAAUACAACAAUUCAUGUUAUCGGAAGUGUAUUGGAACCACCUAAACCAAUAGCUAAGCUACUUGAAUUUUAUGAUAAAAAGCUACAUGAUUUAAUAGAUAGAGCAGAUAUUCCUUUAUGGGUUAAAGAUAAACCAUUUACAACUUUUAUUUCUUCAAAAUAUUUACUAGACAAGUUUAAUCAAAUUGAAAGAAAUUAUUUAUUAUCCAAACCAGGAAUUGAAGACUUGAAGAGUAUUUUAAAACACAAUAUCAUUUCUGAGUCUAUCUAUUUAGACAAUCAUUCAUUGGGUGAAACACGAUAUCAAACAGAGUCUGGUCAAACAGUAAUCAUCAAUGUACAAGAUGAUGAAAUCACUGUGAAUGGGUUGAGGGUAUUAGAAAAGGAUAAAAUUGCUGCUAAUGGGGUUAUUCAUGUAUUAGAAGAUAUGAUGUAUAAUUCAAUCGAUUUUGAUAGUCGAAAGUAUCUCAUCGGACUCAACGCAACCAAAUUUAUUUCAUUAAUGGAUCACUAUGGAUUAGGCAACUAUCUAAACAAUCAGACUACAAACAAGACAAUAUUAGCACCUAUGAAUGACGUAAUAGAUGAAGAUGAUAUACCAAACAAUCAGAAAUUACAAUGGCUAAGUUAUCAUAUCAUUGAUGGUGCUUGGAGUUCAAAAGAUUUAUAUGACAAUAUGCUAUUAGCUACCAAAUAUCAUUCACCUCAAUUGAAUGAUCAGCCUCAACGUUUAGUUGUCAAUAUAGACCAGACCAUCAUGUUUGGUGGUGGCCAUUCAAGAGUGGUUGGGAAAGAAGUAUCUAUCAAGGGAAAUGAAAUUUACAAGCUAUCUAAUCCCCUAAGUUUACCCACGGAUAUAUUUACCACACUUGUCAUUGACUUGGAUGUAUCAAGCUUUAUCUCAGCUUUGUAUGUCUCUGGCGUCGUAAAUGACAUUAAGACUGCCAAGGCGAUCACUCUAUUUGCACCUAUAAAUGAUGCAUUUAAAUCCCUUGGUCUUCUUUCCCGAUACUUACUUCAUCCCUCUGGUCAUUCUGAUCUACAAACCAUUCUUCAAUAUCACGUUGCCUUAACUCCACUAUACCACAGUAAUAUAUUAAAUACUGUUCAGCAAACAAAAACUCUGGUCAAUGAUACUCUGUUCAUCAAUGGAAGUAACCAUCAUCAAAUUUGGUUAGGAAGGAACAGGCAUGCAUUAGAAGCAGAAGAACAGAGUGAACUAGUAGCAACUGAUAUUCUAGUCUCUAAUGGUGUAGUUCAUAAAGUGAGCAAGCUUUUAAUUCCUGACAGAGUUAAUAUUACCCAUCGCCAUUUGUUAAAUGGAAUCAAUGCUAACUUGAUGGAAAGCAUAUUGAAACAGACAGGCUUGAUCGAUCAGAUAGACAUGACGGAUUGGAUAAUUUUGGUUCCUACUGAUAAAGCCUUUGAACAGAUUGAUCUAGAAUCCAUGUGGAAUGAUACGACUCAAUUAGAACGCAUAGCUAAGCUUCAUAUCUUGUCUCGAAACCAUAGGUUGCCUUUACUAGGCGAGCAAGAAUAUGAGACAUUAUUAUCUGAAGAUAGAGUCAUCCUGAGAGAUGCAGGUUCAGGUAAUAAGAUAAUCAAGGUUCGUGGACAACCCUUGGGUACCCAUGCUCAUGUGCUUGAUAUCGGCUAUGUAACUACUGGAAAUCGGUUGGGUGGUAUCAUAGAAAUAGAUUCAGUUCUCUUUCCUGUCGAACGGGGUAUAUUCGGGUUACCUUUGACAUGGUCAAUUACAAUCACCAGCAUUUUCUGGAUUGCUUGUAUUAUUUCUUUAUUUGCAGUCUGCUACAGACUUGGCAAGAAGUGGAAUAGAAAGCAGAGUGGUUAUGUCUCUAUUUCGGAUACUCCACAAAUUGAUAUUGCACAACAAGAAGAAGCUGAAGCUAGUCAUCGCAUAUAUCAAUAA